AUGAUCUUUUUGAAAUCGUUUGGUAAAAAUAGCUACUUUCUAAAGCAUUACAGACGAUUUAAUUCUACACAUUCUUUUUUUGAUAAGUUUUCAAAGAGCUGGUGGGAUAUUGACGGUGAUAUGUCAAUAUUGCACGAUUACAACCAAGUCAGAAUCCCUUUUAUAGCAAAUUCCUAUUUGAAUCUAAAAAAAGAUAAAUCAGAACCUGAGUAUACUUCGCAUAAUCGCACAGAUAACUUGUUUCAGUUUAGGCGGCUGAAUAUUUUCGAAGAACCUCAGUUAAGGUCGACUGUGCACAUAGAAUCGGUGUUAAAGGGGUUGAACGUUUUGGACGUCGGCUGUGGAGGCGGAAUACUGACGGAAUCACUGGCUAAAUACGGCUGCAAAGUCCUGGGCAUUGACCCGAACCAAAAGCUAAUCGAUAUAGCGAAGUCGCACAAGGCGCAGUUUUUCGACAACCUGCACCUCCAACUGGGACUCAGGGAUAACUACUCUGCAAAUUUGAAAUACAAGGCCACUUCGGUUUACGACCUGUUGACGGAGGAGAACAAAGGGACCUACGACAUAGUUGUUGCAUCAGAGGUCAUUGAGCACAUUGAUAACCGGGAGAAGGAACAGUUUUUUGAAACACUGACCAAAUUUAUAAAACCGGGAGGCUUGUUGGUGAUAACUACACCUGGGUCAAGCCUGGUGUCGUACCUAUUUAACGUGUAUUUGGCUGAAAGCGUAUUCAAAAAGGUUCCCAAGGAUACACACAACUUUAAUCUGUUUAUAUCACCCAAGGAUUGCUGUAAAAUAUUGUCUAAGUUGAAUUUUGAGGCGGUAUUGAAGCAGGGUUUGCUGUAUUUGCCGUAUUUGAGGAGGUUUUUCCACAUCAAGUCUUGCAAUCUGCUGUACAUGUACUCGUUUAAAAACACAAAUGGAGUUGAAGGGAUUUGUUCGUAA